UGGCAUAUUUUAGCAUAUUGAAUUGAAUUAGUUCUAUCCGGAAGCUCAAAGUUCUUGUAAUAUAAAUAGUUUUAAUUUAAAAAAAAAGCAUAAAAAGAAGUCCAUUCGACUUAACUUUCGGUUUCCAUUCCUUAUAGUUAAAAGUAAAAAGUAGACAAAAUUUAAAAAACCUCUGUGGUUAAAAACUGUUUCUAUCCAGCCAUGUUACGUCAAUGGAAAUAUCUCAUAUAUAUAUGAUCCCAUUUAGCAUUUGUAUUAGGUAAAUCAUUCAACUAACCACCAAAGGCAAAUUGAAUGCAAAUAUCAAAGUGCUAAAUACUAAACUAUUGGGGCAAUGGCGAAAAGGGCAAAUAUAAAUGACCUAUUUAUGCUCACUAAAAACUCAUUUCUGCACCCAUAAAUGGAAGAGCGUGAAAUAUAUGGCAACCGGAUCGAUGGAGAAGCGUCAAUAAAUUAGCAAAUAUGUGACUUGGUAUUGCGAGAGUCGGAAGAAAGCUGAGCCCAAAGACGAGACUGUGGAUAAACAGCCUCAGCCUAGUUGAGGGAGUGCAUUGCUGGACCCAUCCCAGGUCACAGAGGAAGGAGGAGGCCUAGCCAAUGAUGGCAAUUGUUUACACUCGAUGUGCGAGUGUGUGUGUGUGUGUGUGUGUCUGUAUGGCCAAGUCCAAGUAAGAGUUUCUCUCCGACGUCAACGACGACGACGACGCCGACUCGGCUGACGACGCUGCCAAAAAAGAGGCAGCCACAAACGAAAUGAACAAAUUCACUUAACAAACAAGUUGACUUUAUUUUGUUGUUAUGCCCGUUUGCAGUUGUUGUUUUCUAGAUUUAUGUGCUGCUACGUCUGCCUUAGCUCUCCGUGUGAGAGAGUCGGCAGACUUUUUCGCGUCUUUUGGACGGUAUUGUUCAUGUUGUUGGUAGCUUCCGCAGUCUCGGUCGCAGCAGCAGCAGCAGCAGCAGCGGCAAGUUUUAUUUAAUUUACUUUUAAAUUGUUUUGUAAUGCGUACCGACAGCGCAGUCGCCGGCAGCUGCAAGAUGAGGGCUUCAUAUAAAAGGCUAGACAUCUGAAGACGCAUACAUCAAAUUCAUCUCAACGGUCUCGAGAGCCCAACAGCAGCAGCAACAGCAGCAACAAGUUAUUACCCUCAAGGAUUAAAUCGCGUCGCGUAUUCUCAACCGAAAAUGAAAGUGUUUGCCAUUGCUUGUGUAACCAUUUUGGUGGCCAGCUGUGCCUGGGCCGCUCCCAGCAUUCAAGAUAAUCAAAUCGAAAGUGAUAAUACAUUCGGACGUGCUGCUCGCUAUUUGGGCGCCUGUCUUGACAGUGAUGACAUGGCCACUUGUCUGGCGGUCAAGGGCAUUACGGCCCUUAACCGUGCCGCCAGGAGCAACAACAUUGAGCUGGCCAGCGGUGUGACCUUCCAAAGAGAUCCCGCUAGUCCCGUUCAACGUGCUGGCAAAUCCCUCAGUGAACAGGACAUCUAUGCCGAGUUACAACAGAAUGGCGAAGAUCGUAAUGGUCGCUUGGUCGAUCUGGCCAUUUCCAGUGUCACCGACUUUCUGACCACCCACAAUCUGGAAUUCAAAUUGCCCUCAGAGACCACCCAGCAGGUGGCACGUGCUUUGGAUGAAGGUCGCGGCAAGAUCAAGAAGAUGAUUGGACCAAUUGCUUUGGCCAUUGGCGCCAAAUUGUUCGCUGUCAUUCCAUUGGUGCUUGGUUUCCUUGCUCUGUUGACCUUCAAGGCUGUGAUUGUUGCCAAGAUUGCCUUCUUCCUGGCCAUUCUGGUUGGCGGCUCCCGUUUGUUGGGCGGUUUCGGUAACAAAUUCGGAGGAAGCUCAUACGGCAGUGCCUACAACUCGAAUGCCUGGUCCGCUCCCGCCAGUGCUGGAUGGAGUUCAGGUGCCUCAUCGGCCUAUCCUUAUGCCCGCAGCAUUGACACUGAUGCCCAAGAAUUGGCCUAUGCUGGCCAGCAGCAACAGGAACAGCAAUAAGCAGUUCUUUUCUUAGUCAGGCCACCAAUAGCCAAAUAUGUGCCUUCGUUUUCAAUCCGUAGCCUGUAGUAAUUUAUUCGAAGAGUAAUUAACUUAACUAAUUUAUUGUAUUACAACACACGACACACACAAACUUUAUUGUAUGAUAAUAAAAACAAGCAAAAAGCGAAGUAUUUUUCCUCAAA